UAUCAGAGUUUUAUGUUUCAGAACAACCAGAGGUUAGCAUACAAUAUCGGGCCCGCCCGGACACGAGGAAAGACUAGCUAUGGAGCAGGGACUUCCAUCUGAUCAAGAACCGAAUAUAUAUCGCGCCCUGAUCGUCAACGAUGGGUCGUCGGAGUAGAAGUAAUUCCUAUGACAACAGAUACAGUCGCAGCAGAAGCCGGAGCAGAGGGCGGAGCGACAACUACAGGCAACGGAGCUUUAGUCGGAGUCCGUCACCCGAGGGCCACCGUGUUCAUGUCGCAGAUUUGGGCAUCGACGCUACAAAGAGAGAUAUCGAGAAAGCAUUUGAGAGGUUUGGGCCCAUGUCGGAAGUAUGGCUCGCACGGAACCCUCCAUGCUUUGCCUUUAUUGUAUUCAAAUAUCGAGAUGAUGCGGAUGAGGCGAUCCGAGAAAUGGAUGGGAAAGUGAUUCACAAUUCGCGAGUAAAAGUCAGCAUAGCCCGACCACGCACCAGGGGUCGUCGUCGUCGAGGUUUCGAUCCAAACCUUCGUUGUUACCAGUGCGGUGAAAAGGGGCAUUUUUCCCGCGACUGUGAUGGCGGAGGUAGAAGGCGUCCGUCGUUUAGUUGGAGGCGAUCCAGGAGUCGUUCUCGCGACAGGGGCGGCUGGAAUCGCCGAUCGCGCUCAAGAUCGCACGACAGAAAUCGCCGUUCCCGCUCAAGGGACCGCAGGUCAAGGCGUCGGAGUCACUCGCGCUCCCGUACCCCUGAGAAACGUCAUUCGAGGUCAAGGUCUCGGGAUAAACGCUCAAGAUCUAAAUCCCCAAAGUCGAAGAGCAAGAAGUCUAGUUCCAGAUCCCCGUCUAAAGCGGCAAAAAGCAGGCACAGCAGAAGUCGGUCUAAGUCACGAUCAAGAAGCCGCGAUCGUGCCAGAAGUCGUGACCGUGGUCGCAGUCGGUCACCAUCCAAAGGUCGCAGCAAGUCGAGGUCACUUUCGCGCCACCGUAGCAAGUCGAGGUCGCACUCUCGACAUGCUUCAAGAGAAGGUCGGAAAUCCAAUUCGGCCAAACUCGAGUAGAAAAUAACGGAGACUUAAGGCAGUCUUUUGAAGGUUUUUUGUUCGAUGUGACUUGCUUCUUCAAAACCCCGAAGGUUGAAAAUAGAUGGCAAAUAUUUAGCUGUUAUCAACAAAGUAACAUAAAAUUUCCAUAUCUCCUGUAAGACUCCUCCAAAAAAGAAAAAAAUGCUAAAAUUUGUGGGAAAAAAAUGUUGGACAAUUUUUCUUCAUGUUAUCUUUUGAAUGGGUAAGUAGGGGUACAUCAAACAAAGAACUUUUUAAUAGCGGCCAAAAUGUAGUGUUCACCAUAUGAGCACAUUCCAGUGUUAAAUGCUAUGAAGCAAUCAUUAGCAGAACAAAUCGAAUGAUAUUUUGAGUUCAUGUUAGAUGGUAUAAAGGGCGUCCCAAAGAUGUUGCAAUCGAAAAUACUCGUCCAUGCUGUGCUUCAUGGACAACAGAUGUUGGCAUUUCAGUCAUGCAGUGUACGUGGUAAUUUUGCCUUGGGUGGGCCUGUGUCUUGUUGUUAGGGAUAGCGCUUGGUUUUCGUCAUGGCGUUCCUUGUGGAAAGGUUUGGCAACGUUGAACAGACUUGCAUCAAAACAGGCCUUGCAUCGUUAUCAAAAUACAUAUGGCACUGAAGAGUUAAAUAUUGUACUCGACACUAAAUUUCUCUUUUGUAAUCCUCGUGUAUCAUUUAGAAGUAGGUCUUCGGUGUAUCACGAUGUCUGGUCCCUUAAUAGUUUGAAAUCAUGUCAGAAAUGGUGACAUUUAAUCGAAUGCAUUUUAAUUUUGAAGUUGAGGAUGAAUAUUGAACUGUAAUAAGCAAAAAGAUACAGUGCUCUGAUGAGCUUGCAGAAAGAAAGAUAGUUCAGUGUUAUUUGUGCAGGUUCGUUAAACUUCAUUAUAGAGAUUUUAGAAUUUGUCAAGAUUACUCAUUUUAAUCUCGAUAAAGGUCUUCAAGGACAUCAUUUGGAGGUCAGCAAUUACAUGUUUAGAAAAGUACCCAAGAGUGCAAGCCAAUUCACUUUGCUCCAAAACCUCCAGCACUUUUCUAUUAUUUAGUGAUUCUGCAUUAUGUUGUCAGUAUUAGGGACUGUAGCAAAUUGAAGAGUGAUCGAUAUAUACCCAAAAACAGGAGAAUGUUUCGUUCAGGAAGUGGUGGCAGCACGUGCAACUCUAGCAUACUAUUCUCGAUCAAAUAAAUUGAGACCGCUGCCACUAAAAUGUGACCCACUACAUCAAAAUGAGUCGCAUGUCACUUCGAGCUUGACAGGUUGAGAUGGACUGGUUGUUCAUUUCACUGUUGUCUGCCUUUUGUGACAUCUGAGUACAUCAAUUUCUUCUAUAAUGUCCUGGUGUCACUUUCGGCUCAUCUUCUGUGUGACAUGCGACCCAUUUUGCCAUGGUGGGUCACAAAUGAGGUGCUGUAUAAUACUGUGUGUUAGAUGAUGUCUCAAGGAAGACUGUAUACGUAAGCUCGAAGUUUUGACCUGGAGCGAAACCAUUCGUUACCGGUAUUUUUUAACUCGUGUAAGUUUGCUACAGUCCAUAAUUUGUAAAUGUGAGGGUCUUGGUAAAGCUGUUGACCUUGUAAAAUAUGUUGUAAUCAUUAGUGGUCCUGGUCAUGGCAUUUGUAUCAAUAAAGUGUUUUGAGUAUCUUAAA